ACUGAUGAUGAUGAUCGGUAGAAAUUCACCAUCGGAAACGAGGGUAAUAGACCAACUAACUCAUCGUCUUCGGAAAUCUGUUCGCCGGCGGCGAAAUAACGAGUACGGAGUAGUAAGCUAAAACAGCAUGGAGAACUGCAUUUACAGAGACCCGAGAGCGCCGGUGGAGGCGCGAGUGACCGAUCUUCUCUCCCGAAUGACCCUCCAUGAGAAACUAGGUCAGAUGACCCAAAUCGAACGCUCCGUCGCCACUCCUUCCGUCCUCGCAGACCUCUCUAUCGGGAGUGUAUUGAGUCUGGGUGGGAGCUCUCCCUUUGAGAAUGCCUCGUCUGAGGAUUGGGCUGAAAUGAUUGAUGGUUUCCAGAGAUCGGCAUUGGAAUCGCGGCUGGGCAUCCCGCUGCUGUAUGGGGUUGAUGCUGUUCAUGGAAACAACAAUGUCUAUGGUGCCACAAUUUUCCCUCAUAAUAUUGGCCUGGGAGCUACCAGGGAUGAGGAAUUGGCACGGAAGAUUGGAGUUGCCACCGCUCUUGAAGUCCGGGCUUGCGGCAGUCAGUAUACCUUUGCUCCCACUGUGGCUGUGUGUAAAGAUCCCAGAUGGGGAAGAUGUUAUGAGAGUUUUAGUGAAGACACCGAUAUUGUUAGGAAGAUGUCAUCCAUCAUUUCUGGAUUACAAGGACAACCACCAAACGGGCACCCAUUUGGAUAUCCAUUUCUAGCAGGAAGGGACAAUGUGGUAGCCUGUGCAAAGCAUUUCGUUGGAGAUGGGGGUACUCAUGAUGGUAUAAACGAGGGGAAUACCAUGUCAUCAUACGAGGAGUUGGAGAGUAUCCAUCUGGCUCCUUACAUUGACUGUCUGUCCCAGGGCGUCUGCACUAUUAUGGCAUCCUACACCAGCUGGAAUGGGACCCCAAUGCACACUAGUAAAUAUCUCCUUACAGAUGUGCUGAAAGGAAAGCUGGGGUUCAAGGGCUUCAUCAUAACUGAUUGUGCAGCACUUGACAGACUCUCUAAGCCUUUUGGAUCAAAUUAUCGGCGUUGCGUUAUGCAAGCCAUCAGUGCUGGAAUUGAUAUGGUAAUGGUACCCUUGCGUUACCAACUAUAUCUUGAUGAUCUUAGAAUGCUGGUUGAAUCUGGGGAGAUACCAAUGUCCAGAAUUGAUGAUGCUGUUGAACGGAUUCUGAGAGUGAAGUUUGUAGCUGGACUCUUUGAGUACCCACUGAGCAAUAGGUCAUUGUUGGAUAAAGUUGGUUGUAAACUACACAGGGAACUGGCACGUGAAGCAGUUCGCAAGUCUUUGGUUCUUCUGAAGAAUGGAAAGGAUAUUACAAAACCAUUCCUUCCCCUUGACAAGAAUGCUAAACGCAUUCUUGUUGCUGGACAGCAUGCUGAUGAUCUCGGAUUUCAGUGUGGUGGAUGGACUAAAACUUGGGAUGGACAAGGUGGCCGAGUUACUAUUGGCACAACAAUUUUGGAUGCCAUUAAAGCCACUGUGGGAGAGGAAACAGAGUUGGUAUACGAGCAGAACCCAUCGCUGGACACCUUUUCAUCAAACCAACCAUUCUCUUUCUCCAUAGUAGUGGUGGGGGAAGCUCCUUAUUGUGAAUCAGGCGGCGACAGCAAAGACCUAAUCAUUCCCUUCAACGGCUCCGAACUGAUAAGGUUUGUUGCAGAGAGGGUUCCAACAUUGGUUGUCCUCAUCUCCGGGAGGCCAAUGCAUUUGGAGACUUCGGUUUUGGAGAGGGUAGAAGGAUUAAUAGCUGCUUGGCUGCCAGGGAGUGAAGGGGCAGGAGUGACAGAUGUCAUCUUUGGGGAUCACGAGUUUCAAGGGCGUCUCCCGAUGAGUUGGUUCAGAAAAGUUGAUCAACUCCCCAUGAAUCCGGCUGCUUCCACAUGCUACGAUCCGUUGUUUCCGAUUGGGUUUGGGUUAACAAGCAAAAACCAAUUGAUGGAUGCUGCUGAGGACAAGAAGACUGAAGGCAUACUAAGCAAUGUAUGAAUCUCUUUUUAAGUUGGCUGCAGUGAUCACAGAAUAAGGUGCUAUUUGGUUGAAGGAAUUUCAGCAUUAACUUAAUUUAAACUGAAUGGAUGAUUGUCGGAUGAUAUAAUACCACCCCCCCCCCUCCCCCACCCAAAAAAAAAAUUAAUAAGAGAAUAAAUAAUCAGUGUUCUA